CCGUGGACCCCCAUUGCAUCCCAACCAAUCAGUGGGCGCCCCUCCUGCGCCUCGCCGUCCGCUCCCCUACCAGCCGGCCCCAUCCUUGCGACACUCGCAUCGCGCCGUUCCCUCGCCAUCUCAGCGGCCGUCACAGCCGGCGCCAUUACCGGUCGUAGGCUGCUCGUCAACGGCAAUUUCUUCGAGAUCGAGGGCACAACAUGGGUAACGCGGUUAGCUGGCACGCGCGCUUAUCUCAGGACAAUCCGUCUGACGUCAUCGUCGACCUCUCAGGUCUCUCCGCGCGCCUGCCGUACAACUUCCACCAGGUCGAGGGAUCGUUUCAUCUCCCGUACGGUCUCGGAACGCGCCGUAUCGCGCUGGAGGACCUCGUACCGCUAGCGCGCUCGGAACAGAUAGUUGAAACGAGCCUCCCGAUAGCCGUCGAGAAGAAGAUUAAAGUGCCUAAUCCGGACGCCUUAGGAGGCGACGCCGUUCUCGCGCGCCUCGUCGCCAGCAGCAGCGGCGCCGGCGGCGGCGGCAUCAGCGGCGCUGGCGGCGCGCGCGGUGCAACGGGCCUUUCGCUCGGCGGGUCGGCGGCGGGAGGAAGCGGAGUGGUUCGAGAGGUCCUGGAUUUCUGGGACUCGGCGUGGCGCGACGUGGGGAGAUGCGACACGGACGUGGGCGUGGUGCGCGUGGAGGCGCGCGUGUCGGUGGACGUGUGCGGAUUCCACCGCGCGGAGCUCAAGCCGCCCAGCGGGUGGCUCGACCGCGGCGGGAUCUUCCUCAUCGGGCGCGCGGAGGGGUGCGCGGUGAUCCGGCUGCGCGUGCGGUUCGAGAGCGAGCGCGACGGGCGCGCGGAGAUGGUCCUGGCGGGCCUGGCGGGCGUGCUGUCCGUGGCAGCGCUGGUGGCUAUGCGCGUGUGGGGCAAGGCCAUCCGCAAGAUGCUCAAGGACUGAUCACACUGCGCUCAGUGCUGACAGAGCUGCGCGCAGCCGGGCGCUGAGAGGGGGAAGCUGAGGGGGAAGCUGAGGGGGAAGCUGAGGGGGAAGCUGAGGGGGAAGCUGAGGGGGAAGCUGAGGGGGAAGCUGAGGGGGACGCUGAGGGGGACGCUGAGGGGGACGCUGAGGGGGAAGCUGAGGGGGAAGCUGAGGGGGAAGCUGAGGGGGAAGCUGAGGGGGAAGCUGAGGAGGAUGCUGAGGGGGAUGCUGAGGGGGAAGAGAAGGUUACUUCCUUGGGAGGCCGCUCCAGAAAGGGGGGUUGAGGAGGGCGGUGUGUUAGUGCUUGGAGGCGGCUUGCAACGGCUUGCGGGCUGGAGAGAGGGGGGGGCGUUGGCAGGGCGGGCGAGAGGGGACGGAACAGCGGAGAGAGGGGAAACGAGGGGGCGAGAGGAGGUUGGGGAGCUCUUAGGAGGAGAGGGUUGUGAGAGGGAGGAACGGGAGGGGGAUGAGCAAGGGGGCAGUCAGUUAUGCGCGGGCGGGGGUUGUGGUAGGAAUGGGGGAGCGUGGGAGUGGGCGUGGCAUGAUAGGAGGAAGAGAUCUGGGGGAGGGCGUUGGUGGAAGGGGGUUUGAGAUGCAACGAAGCUGGGUUUGGGGAAGAGGGGGGUUGGCUAGCCCUCUGGAAGUGGUGGUCGAUACAGGGUUCUCGGAUGAAGAAGGCUGGUUGGAUGGUAGGGGGUAGGAUGUAGAUCGAAGAAUGCAGUAGAGGAGGAGAAAGUAGCGCUUGAUUGAUGCAGCAGCAGCAGCAGCAGCAGCAGCAGCAGCAGCAGAGAAAGAGUUAAGGUGUGGGGUCUAGUGGGUGGUUGUUUGGGUGGGGGAUCACAAUGUAGCAGAGCAUUGCUUGUGAAGGUCACUGCUGGAGCCUGCACAGCCGUUGUGGCAUACCUGUCAACUUCUAUAUAUUUGCAUAUGUAUAGUUAUAGGCUAGAAGGGCCCGUGCUCUUAGAGAGUACAAUACCCAACCAUAUGUUCCUCUGUAUCCGUCAUUUCUA